GAAUGUAGCUGAGUGUGAAGACGCCCAGGGCCGGGGAGGGGAGCAAGGUACCCAAGAGUACCAGUUCUGAGCCUGAAUGUCGGGGCUCCUCUGUCUUGACUUUUCUACGUGUUGACCCGAGACGAGAUUAACUUGUCUGUGACUCUCGUGGAAGCAGAAACUGCUAACGCUGCCUGCCGCCUCGGGACAGCAGGUGUCCCGAGAGCGCCCAAGUAACCUCUGCAGCAAUCAUGGGUCCGCAGGUGUAACAUUUGUGAGGUUUCUUUGGGGUCUCUUUUGGCUUGGAGAAGUGCUUACUUGGUUUGAGAUUCGUCUCAAAUUGAGGGAGCUUUUGUGUAUUAGUUACUCGGGUCUGGAGGCUUUCUGUGGGAUUACUGGCUGUGUGGGGGUGUCUGAGGUGAGUAUAGGCGUCAGGAGACCGACUUGGGAGAUUGCUGCGCUAGGAUCUCUGAGAAGUCCUUUGAAAUUGGGUCGUUUUGCGCUGGGGAGUAUUUUUAGGUUUGGGUGUUAAAGGAGGAGUUGACAUGGCCUGGACGUUUGGGGGAGAGUGUUAAGAUUCUGGAGGUGAAGGAGCUGAUUGGGCGUUGUGGGGGAGGUCAGGAGUCAGGACUGGGACUCUUUGUUACUGAUGUCUGCAUUGGGAGGCUGUCUCAAUUUUGAACGGUGUCAGAUUAUCUGGAAUUGCCCGCAUUUAGAGGGACAGACUAUAUAUACUGCAAGAGUAGGCAAACUUUUUCCAUAAAGGGCCAGAUAAUGACUCUUUCAGGCUUUUCAGGCCGUGUGCAGUCUGUACUGCUCUGCUGCUGUAGCAUGAAAGCCGCCGUAAACAUGUGUUUUGUAAAACUUUUAUUUACGUGGACAGUGAGUUAGGUCCGCUGACUGGUCUGGUCUGCAGCCUUGUGCAGGGCUUGGGAUUUGCAAGGUUUCCUUUUUGAGCUCUCUGGAAGGAGAUGGGCGAGGGGAAAAAUUGAGACUGAGGCCUCUCUGCGCCUUACCGGUGACAUGUGGAGCCCCCUGCCGUCCUGUUUCUGACGUCCGGUGACUCCGUGCCCGUUUGCCAUCACGCCCAGAAUGGACCGUGGCAGUCUCCUGCCCUUUCAACUCUGGUGCCCCCGGCCCUUCGGCACCUACUCCCAGAACCAGACGCGCCCGCCUUCCGCUGUGCUCAAGCCGGCAGCCUGCCCUGAGCCCGGCGGCGGGGCCGAGCCAGACCAUGGGCCUGCGCACUCAGAGAACACCCCACCCGCCUUGGCCGAUGUCCCCACCUCCCAGUCUGCCCCGCUUCUCUCAGCCUCUGCUGCGGGUGAUGAGGGUCGAGUCCUGCUAGACACGUGGUAUGUUAUCAAGCCUGGGAAUACAAAGGAGAAGGUGGCCUUCUUCGUGGCACACCAGUGUGGCGGAGGUAGCCGGGCUAGCUCUAUGAAGGUCAAGGGGCACUGGGGCAGUGACAGCUCCAAGGCUAAGAGGAGGAGGCGCUGUCUUGAGCCCACCAGGGCUCCUCCAGAUCCAGGGGGCCGGGAGGGGCCCCCUCUUGCUGAGGGGAGCUCCGCCUCAGCCGGGGAGGAUGUAGACCUCCUCUCUGUAGCUGAGAUGGUAGCCCUGGUGGAACAGAGGGCCGCGCUGGCCCUGCAGAGCUAUCCACGCCCCACCACCCCGGCACCUGUGGUCUUUGUGUCAGCUGAGCAGGGUGGAACUGCCAAGAGCCUGGGGUCCGAGAGGCGUUCUGGUGCCGGUGACUGCAGCCGUGUGGCCGAGGCAGUGGCCCACUUUGAGGCCCAGCGGGAGAACCCUCCAACCAAGGGCCUCCGCAAGGAGGAGCGGCCUGGGCCGGGCCCUGGUGAGGUGCGCAUCGCCUUCCGCAUCUCCAAUGGCCGGGAGCCCCGGGCCCCAGAUAGUAGCUUACCCAAUGGUAAUGGGGGCCGGCCCGGGUGUGCCUACCCCGGCAGUCCUGGGCCCGGGGCCCGAGCCAAGGACAAGAUCACCUGUGACUUGUACCAGCUCAUCAGCCCCUCCCGGGAUGCCCUUCCCAGCAACGUGGAGUUCCUGCUGGCCAGGGCAGAUGAAGCCAGUGAGGGUGAGAGCCCAGCACCUGCCAGGCCGGAGGACACUCCCCCGGCCCCCCCUCCACCUCCUGCCCGGGACUGCGGAACCUCAGGCUUCCACGUGGAUGUGGUGGUGACUGGCGUGGUGGACGAGUGCGUCUUCUUCGGCAAGGACGGCACCAAGAACGUGAAGGAGGAGACAGUGUGCCUGACAGUCAGCCCCGAGGAGCCGCCUCCACCCGGCCAGCUCUUCUUCCUCCAGUCCCGGGGGCCUGAUGGGCCCCCCGAGCCGCCCCCAGCUGACACGCCUACCACGGCGCCAGGCCCGGAUGAUGCUGAGGGGACAGCGGACACCUCCCUGUGCCGCUUGUACCGGCACGUGUCGCAUGACUUCUUGGAAAUCCGCUUCAAGAUCCAGCGGCUGCUGGAGCCACGACAGUAUAUGCUGCUGCUGCCCGAGCAUGUGCUGGUCAAGAUCUUCAGCUUCCUGCCCACACGGGCCCUGGCCGCGCUCAAGUGCACCUGCCACCACUUCAAGGGCAUCAUCGAGGCAUUUGGUGUGCGCGCCACGGACUCGCGCUGGAGCCGAGACCCACUCUACCGUGAUGACCCUUGCAAGCAGUGCCGCAAGAGAUACGAGAAGGGUGACGUGUCCCUGUGCCGCUGGCACCCCAAGCCCUACCACCACGACCUGCCUUACGGACGCUCCUACUGGAUGUGCUGCCGCCGAGCCGAUCGCGAGACGCCGGGCUGCCGCCUGGGCCUGCACGAUAACAACUGGGUGCUGCCUUGCAACGGGCUGGGAGGGGGCAGAGCAGGCCGGGAGGAGGGGAGGUGAAGCCGGGGAGGGGAGGGGAGCCCAGUAUGCCCGCCCCUCCCCGUCCCUGGGAAUCCAGGGUCCGGACUGGGCCACCAGCCCGCAGCCCCCCAGUCCAGGCAGCCUUGAUUCCCUCACCAGAACUGAGACCAGCUCCCGGGGGGACCCAAGAGGACACUCUGGUUGACCCCUGUGGGUUUUCUAUUCUUUUGACCCAGGGCCGGGGACCCUCUAGUAGGGUGUUUUUUAUCAGCAUCUCAAUUUCUUCUCCAUGGAGCCCCAGCACCCUCCCUGCCACUCUCUACCCCAGGGACCCAGCAGCAGGGAGCAGACGGCAGCUAAUUUUGGUACCACCUAAGGCUUCCCCCAGACUGGCUGCCCUUCUUUGCCUUCUCCAUCCCCUUAGCUCAUUGACCCAGGUUGGUACCUCCACACCUCCCACCCCAGGGCUUACCUCUGCUUUUGGAGUUAGAGGCCGCCCGAUCACAGAUCAAAUUUGGCACUUUCUCCCGGUAGCCUGCCAUUUCUGGAUGUUUUCCCCAUUAGAGAAAUAAGAAUUACUGCUUUCUGUUAACCACAAGCUACCAGUCUCUCCUCUUCCUCUGCAGGGAAGGGAAAAAAUCCCUCAAGUACAGACUUGACCCCACCCCACCCCCACUAUUUAAGCUUUGCCAAUGCUCCUCGCCUAGUAAAGCUGUGAAGCCCUUUGCCUCACUCUCGACAGCGUGGAGGGCAGGGACUGGGUUUGAAUUUCUAAGUGGUUUUUCCUUCCAUUCUGGGUACUUGUUGAGGCAUUGGGGUCUCUUCACCCCAAACCAACCACAGGUUUCUUUAGAAUCUUUUGGUCAAUUGGGACCUUGAUUUUCAGGCAGUUUGGUCUGGGGUAUUUUUUUGUUCGUUCUGUUUGGGGUUUGUUGUUUUUGUUUUUCCAUCAUUGUGGUUCUGGAAAAUUCUAGCAUGUGGCGUCUGGCCAAUUUUUGAAUUGGUCCUUUCUAUAAAAUCAAUAUUUAUAAGGCUGG